AUGAGGUACAACAAACUAAACAGUCAUUUAGAAAUCAUCUUAUCUGAUACAACCAUACUAAAACAUUGCAGCAACAAAGAACAAGCAGAUCAACAACAUUCUCCUUUCACGCCCAUUAGUGAAUUGUUUCAUCUAACCAAUAACACGUUGGUUGACAUAAUUGGUCUUGUUUUAUACAUUGGAGAUAUCAUUCCAAUACACAGGAAAGAUGGCUGUCAAACACAAAAGCGAGUUGUCAAAAUUAAUGAUCUGUCUAGAUCAACAAUUGACAUCAACCUAUGGGGUCCAAUGACAGAACAAAAAGGCCUAGAAUUGAAAAACAUGUUGACCAAUGAUAGUGUGGUUAUCCUUGCUUUGUGUAAUGCUCGUGUUGGCUACUUCAAUGGAAAGCUUGUAAACAUAACAGCUGCCACCACAUUACAUAUCAACCCACCUUUUCCAGAGGCAGAUUCUCUAACAUUAAGCGGAAAGGACCCUUUGCUUGGUGUACCCUUUGUUCCAAAAACUAUCCACAUAGAUGGGAAAUAUAGUAGAAUGACUAUUUCUUCAAUCCGUGAGAGGAUGAGUAUCAAACCAGAAACAAUUCAGACUACUUUGCUGGUUGUUCUGCAUUUUGUAAAUGUAACUGAUAAAAGUUUCUAUUACGCAGCUUGUCCACUAAUAGUCAAUGGAAGGCCUUGCAAAAAAAAAUGUACGCAGCAAGCUGAUGAUUCUUGGUUCUGCCCUAGAUGUGACAUGACUAUGCAAGACUGCAACUAUAGUUACCUCUUUCCAGUAAAGUUACAAGAUGCCAUAGGUACUCUCUGGGCCACUGCAUUUGAUGACGUUGGCAUUCACUUGCUACACAAAAUUGCAAAAGAGCUUUGUGCACUGGAAAAUGAUGCAACAACAACAGAAACACCUUGCUCAGUGAUUAAAAGGCUUCUGUCACAUCACUAUUCAUUCACACUCCUGGUGUCCACUGACACAUACAAUUUGGAAUCAAAGAUGAAAGUCACAGUCAAUAAAGUCUCUCCUGUUGACUUCAAAGCUAAGUGUGAUGCACUACUUGCAGAAAUUGGUCGCCUAAGUACACAAGCUUAG